AUGACCAUCGGCCGUUUUAAUAUCGAAUUGCUGGAAGCCUUCGUUGCUGUAGCGGAAGCCGGCAACGUGACCCAUGCCGGCAGCAAGCUGAACCGCACCCAGCCUUGCGUAAGCACCCAACUCCGACGUCUGGAAGAGCGGGUCGGCAAACCAUUGAUCGAGCGGACCGCGCGCACGAUGAACCUGACGCCGGCGGGUCGAAUUCUUUUUCAGCACGCGACGGAAAUACUGAAGUCGCACGAAGAAGCCCGGUUGAGGCUGUCAGCUCCCGAACUCACAGGAACCGUUCAUGUCGGCUUGCCGGAAUGGUUCGCAACCGGGCAGCUUCAGUCGAUCUUCUGCAAUUUUGUCCGCAUUCAUCCCAACGUCAAACUUGAGAUGACGGUCGCCGACAGUGCCACAUUGCACGACAUGCUCUCCAACAACGAGAUCAACCUUGCCAUCGCGCUGGUCACACCGGCAAAACCGGAACCCGCGGGCGUUGUCGAGGAGCAGCUUCACUGGGCCGUCAGCGAAGACUGCUCCCUGAGCGAUCCGCUGCCGCUGAUCCUCUUUCCGGAACCCUGUCCGUUCCGUGAACUCACUUUUCGCGCACUCGCCAGUGCCGGACGCCAAUGGUACGAACGGAUCACGACGACAAGUGUCGCCGCCGCCCAGGUGGCCGUGACUUCCGGUGCCGGUAUCUGCUGUCUGCCGUCCGGAGCAAUUCAGGAAGGCUUCACGCUGCUCAAGGAACAGGACGGUUUUCCUGCGCUUCCCGCCACGCAACUGGCGAUUUAUACGCCGUCCAAGGCACAGUCGCCGAUCGUCGAUUAUCUGGAAGAACACCUCAGCGAACUGCUCAAGAACGCCAUUGCGCCCCGCUCCGCGCUCGCCGGCAAGAACCAGCCUGAUUUGCGGGUCGUGUGA